AUGGCCGAAUUCGUGCGUGCCCAGAUCUUUGGCACGACAUUUGAGAUCACGUCACGGUAUUCGGACCUGCAACCUGUGGGCAUGGGCGCCUUUGGCCUUGUCUGCUCAGCCCGCGACCAGCUCACCAACCAGAAUGUUGCCGUCAAGAAGAUCAUGAAGCCCUUUUCCACUCCAGUCCUCGCCAAGCGCACAUACCGCGAACUCAAGCUCCUCAAGCACCUCCGCCACGAAAACAUCAUCUCUCUCAGCGACAUCUUCAUUUCCCCGCUCGAGGACUUGUACUUUGUCACAGAGCUCCUCGGUACCGAUCUGCAUCGCCUGCUUACUUCGCGACCCCUCGAAAAGCAGUUCAUCCAGUACUUCCUUUACCAGAUAAUGCGCGGUCUCAAAUACGUCCACUCGGCUGGCGUUGUCCACCGUGACCUCAAGCCCAGCAACAUCCUCGUCAACGAGAACUGUGAUCUCAAAAUCUGCGACUUUGGCCUGGCCCGUAUUCAAGAUCCUCAGAUGACCGGCUACGUCUCUACGCGAUACUACCGUGCCCCCGAGAUCAUGUUAACGUGGCAAAAGUACGAUGUCGAGGUGGACAUUUGGAGUGCAGGCUGCAUUUUUGCUGAGAUGCUAGAUGGCAAGCCCCUCUUCCCGGGCAAGGACCACGUGAACCAGUUCUCCAUCAUCACUGAGCUGCUAGGCACGCCACCUGAUGACGUGAUUAACACAAUCGCCAGCGAGAACACUCUGCGCUUCGUCAAGUCGCUGCCCAAGCGCGAGCGUCAGCCCCUCAAGAACAAGUUCAAGAACGCCGACCCCGCUUCAAUCGAUCUGCUUGAGCGCAUGCUCGUCUUUGACCCCAAGAAGCGCAUAACGGCAGGCGAUGCCCUUGCCCACGAGUACCUCGCACCCUACCAUGACCCCACCGACGAGCCGGUCGCCGAGGAGAAGUUCGACUGGAGCUUUAAUGACGCUGACUUACCAGUCGACACUUGGAAAAUCAUGAUGUACUCCGAGAUUCUGGACUACCACAACAUCGAGACGGGCGGUACCGGCAUGGACGAACAGUACAACGGGCAAUGA